AUGGCGUACAACCAGCAGCAACAGCAGCAGCAGCAACAGCCGCCGCAACAGCAGCAGCAGCAGCAGGCUGACAGCCGCAACACAAACCGUCUGCAACUCAACUUUGGCUUCACCAAUCCGCCCAAUUUCGCCGCUGAGCAAGGCCGUGCCUUCCCUACCACCCCGUCCACGUUCCCGCAACCGUUUCCCAAUGCCGCGGGGCAGCAGGAGGUAUGGGGCACUCAGCAGAGCACUAGUGGCAUAAGCAGUCAGGGCUACUUCUAUAACAAUAACUCAAACGCGGCAUAUCAACAGUAUCCUGCUGGUGUUUCACCAGGAGCAGGGUACCGCACGCCUGGAGGAGGCUUCAAUGACGCCACAAAUGGACUUGUCCAUCAGUUUCAGCAUCAGCACCUCGGAGGAGCAAACUCGCCUCGCUCUGCAAGUCCAUACGGCAGACAGCCAUCUCCUGCCAACCCUUCGCGGCCACGAACCGCAGGAGACCCCCGUGGCUAUCAGAACAGCCACCUUAGCGCACAAAUGCCAGCCAUGCCGCAGCAGCCGAGUAUUUACGACGAUGAGCCACCGACAAAGAACCCCGACAAGUACUCGUCUGCUAUCACGGAGAGGGUGAAGGUGCAGAAGCUGCUCACACAGGAGUUCUUCAAGGAGAAUGUGGAGCGAGCACGCGCUCGCAACGAGCGAUCCAAAGACCUCGAAAUCAUUCUGAACAACCCCGAUCUUUCCGAGAGCCGCAAAGAGAGGGAGAAGAGCUCCAUGCGAAAAUCAGAAGCCAACUUUCUGAGAUUCCUCCGAACUAGUGAGAAGCCACAAAACUACAACACCUUGAAGAUUAUUGGCAAGGGCGCUUUCGGUGAGGUCAGACUGGUGCAGAGAAAGCACGAUGGAAAGGUCUAUGCCCUCAAGUCCCUCAUCAAGCAGGAGAUGCACAAGAAAGAUCAACUGGCCCACGUUCGCGCCGAGCGUGACAUCCUUGCCAACGCAGACAGUCCAUGGCUCGUGAAGCUCCACACUUCAUUUCAGGACAAGACAUUCCUGUACAUGUUGAUGGAGUUCUUACCAGGAGGAGACUUGAUGACCAUGCUGAUCAAGUAUGAGAUUUUCUCUGAAGACAUCACCCGGUUCUACAUGGCCGAGAUCGCAUUGGCCAUUGAGGCCGUACACAAGCUUGGAUUCAUCCAUCGUGAUAUCAAACCAGACAAUAUCCUCCUCGACCGUGGCGGACAUAUCAAGCUCACAGACUUCGGACUCUCGACUGGCUUCUCCAAGGAACACUCGGCUUCAUACUACCAGCAACUCAUGUCGCAGAACAAGCCGAAAUCCCUGGCCCAAAACCGCAAUAGUGUUUCAAUCGACCAGAUCCAACUCACCGUUUCGAAUCGCAAUCAGAUCAAUACCUGGCGAAAAUCGCGUAGGCAAUUGGCUUACUCCACAGUUGGUACACCAGAUUAUAUCGCGCCCGAAAUCUUCACUGGAAAGGGUUACGACUUCGGAUGCGAUUGGUGGAGCGUCGGGACCAUCAUGUUCGAGUGCUUGGUUGGCUGGCCGCCAUUCUGCGCCGAGACUGCUCCCGACACGUAUCGAAAGAUUGUGGACUGGCCACGCCACCUGCAGUUCCCACCAGAUCAGCAACUCGGUCCAGAAGCAGAGCACUUCAUUCGCAGUCUGAUCUGUGACUCGCAAAACAGACUGGGACGUGUUCACGGCGCGCAGGAGCUCAAGGCCCACCCGUUCUUCCACGGAGUCAAUUGGGAUGGGUUGCGAAAGAUCCGAGCUCCAUUUGAGCCCAAGUUGCAAAGCAAUAUCGAUACUCAGUACUUCCCGAUUGACGAAAUCCCACAGGUGGACAACUCUGCAACGCUGCAUGCUCAGACAGCGGCGAUGGGCGGCGACGACUCGACGCUGUCGCUGCCCUUCAUCGGCUACACUUACAAGCGCUUUGACGCUUUCCGGGGCAGCUGA